ACACACAAGUAGUAAUGACAGGAGCCAGUGCUGCCAGUCUGGCAGUCUAGCGGCCGCAGAUGGUGUGGGUUUCUGCGCCUCGAAGGAUCAAGGGCCUCCGCUAAACCAAAAUCGUACAGGCAUGAAUGGCUUCUGUUUUGCGACGCAUAAAAUCAAAGAGCCCAUAAUUCCCGGGAUUCAAAGAAGACGACAACUCACUAUUGGCUGCCAGCAGAAUAUUAGCGGCUUGUGUGUCCUUGGCCCUUUCUUGGACAGGUCCAAUACCCAUCGCUAGCUCCCCUGUACAGUUUAAGGAUGCAGAUCCUCUUCACGGAAUGUCGACGGCGCGAAUUGGUAACGAACAGGGUUGAUCCUCAUGAGCUAACAUGGAGCUCGCAACUCCAAACUUCUCCUUUCGUAGUCAUUGCUUGGUGUUUUUCUCGAUAACGUUGAUUUCCUCGUGAGGCGGCAACACAGGCAUAAGUGGCGCGUACACCAAGAUGACCGGUCAUGAGGGAACGGCGACAACCCACCACACCGCAGACGGUAUCGACCAUCAACAGCCCGGCCUCGAGGUUAAUUAUCCGUCUGGUCUUGAGGUAGACACGCGGUACACACCGACGAACGCGUCUGAGGGCCUCCAGGCCGUAUAUCCGUAUCAGGACGAUCUGAAGCUACCCUAUACGCCCAACCAUAGCAUCGCGCCCGUAUCAAAACCGGGGACGCACCAUAAUGGUGAGGGGCAGGUUGGACAAAACUAUGAUGACCAAUUGUACUAUAGCCCGUCCAUGGAAGCGAUCCAGAUGCCGCAGCCAAAGAAGACCAGGAAAUUCUCAUGGAUAGUGGUCGGUGCCGUUGCGAUACUGGUGGUACUAGGCGCCGUGCUUGGUGGAGUGUUAGGUAGUCGGGCGGCCAAGUCGAGUACGAGCAGCGAUGUCUCCGGCGCCAGCGGUAAUUCGACGACGAACUCGACGUUGACGAAUAUCCGUUCUUCUUCGAGAUUGGCGGUCAGCGGGUGGAGAGACGGGAGCGUUUAUCGAAUUCGCUUAUUCUAUCAGGGGCAGGACCAGAGGCUGCGCAUGUCGACUUAUGCCAGCAACGAGUCGUCGUGGUCUGAUCCGAUUAGCUUGACCGGCUUGGAGUAUGCUGCGGGCGAUGAUACACCUCUUGCUGCUUCGGAUUCCGUCCAGAGUUCUACACAAAACCAGUACAAGUUGUACUACCUUGACCGGGAUUCUAUCCUUCGGGGACACGGGUUCGUAGAUAAGCAGGGCGCCGCUGAGCAAGGUUCCCGUCUGGAACUGAACGAUUACCCCAUCACCAUACCGCCGACUUCCCGGCUCGCGGCAUACUGGCCGUUCAUCGUGUCGCAGGACUCCGAUGGAGCAUUUCGGUGGAUUCGCUACUGGGGCAGUGCGGGGAACUGGUGGACCAACAGCACACUCGACCUCAUUGGGUCCGCAAGCGCGGCUAUGGUGGUCCUGCCGGCGUCAGCGUGGUAUCUCGACAAAGGCGGGUUUGCGUAUCGCAGGAGCGAUGGCAAGAUGCGGACAUAUCUGACGGACACGAACAACAAUGCCACAGGAGAGGCGUGGGGAACUGCCGACCUUUCAGAAUCUAUCCCAAGUGACACAGCCAUCGGCGGGUUCGCAGUCGCCCGUCCCAACGACUCCAAUAAUCAGACCAACACAUACCUCCUGUAUCAAGAUGAUAGCGGCACCGUCCAGGUCGUCUGGCAGGACGACACCUCGGGGUGGAAGGGCCCCUCAACAUACUCUGCUUUCGACAACGCCGACAAUGGCACAGACAUCACGUGUCUGACCCCUGCGGCAUGGGAUGGGGCGGGUGUUGAGAUCACGAGCAAUCAGAACAUGAACAGGUGUUACUUCCAGGUCAACAACAAGGUCAGAGAAGUGUAUUAUGAUGGGUCGAAUUGGAACGAUCAGGGAUACCUGCCUAUCACAUGAGGAGGUACAGAAGAGGAUCAGGAUAGGGGUUAUUAUGAUACCAUGAGUUUGUAUAUAGCUAGUUGCAUAUAUGCCUAGACCACCAUAUGAUUUGAAAAGGC